AUGUCUCCGUUUCUCUCCAAACUCCCCAAGCUCUCUCCUCAGAAAGAUUCUCAGAUUAGCCUUCGUUUGUUUUCAUCUUCCAUAGACCGUCUUGCACCCUAUUUGGUCUUCGGCAAAAAUCGUUUUGGAGAUGACAUAAGAUUUCUCGAUAUUUCCACCACAGAAUUAAUAACUACUGACAAGAAGAUCCCUAGUGAGUUGCUAGAGGCAAAAUCAACAAUCGGAGCAUCCCAAGGAUGGGUCGCUACCCUAAAUGAUGAGACCAUGGACAGCUCCACUCAACCACACGAACAUGAGGAGCAGUUUGAACCAGAGGAAGCACCGGAGGAGCAGCUUGAACCAGAAGAAGCACCGGAGGAGCAGCUUGUACCAGCAGAAGCAGCGGAGGAUGCACUAAUCGUUCCGGCGGGUCCUAUAACAAGGUCACGGUCCAAGAGGUUCAACCAAACUAUCAGUGGACUACUCAAGGAGCUGGACAAGAACCAAGAAGACAUGGCUCAAACCACUAUGACGUUGCUCACAGCUCAAGGUGCUCGGUAAAGGGUAAAAUGUUGCUUUGGUGCUCUUUUUCCCUUGGUCAAGUUUUGUCCCAUUGGGUUUUCUUGACAAGGUUUUUAAUGAGGCCUAAAUAACAUUUUCAAGCCCCUUUGCCAGUCCAAUUCGUGGUCCAAGGUUCCCCACAAAGGACUUGGCCCAUUUUCUAUCUCUUUCUCAUUCAAACUUUGCAUUUAUUGCUUUGUAAUUUCCAAGAAUUUGUGCAUGAGCUUGCAUGAGUGUGGACUCUUGCAUGAGCUCCACCUCUUCUCUUCUA